ACGUCAUUUCAUAUAUGCAGUAUAGGUGCAUAUAUUGUAUAGAUGUAUUACACACAGAGUGAUAUAUUUUAAGGGUUUAUUUCUUUCAUUGUUAAUGAUUAUGGCUUACAGCCAAUAAAAACCCAAAAAUCACUGUCUCCAGUUGGUACUUAGGGCAGUGUGGGCCUAGUCCUGCUGGAAAAUGAAAUCCGCCUCUCCAUGAAAUAUUAUCAGCAGAGGGAAGCAUGAAGUGCUGUAAGACUUUGUGGAAAAACACCAGCAGAUGACUCUCCAAACCAUCACUGAUCAUCAGUAAAUUUUAAAUUUCAUUUGGAAAUCAAGGGACCAAAGUCUGGACGAAGAGUGAAAAGGUGUGCGGAUUUCAAAAUCACACAUUGAAGUGACCCAAAUCGGAAAUGGAAAUGUCAGAUUCGGUGCAUUUUUUUUAUUUAUUAUUUUUUUUUAAUAAAGAAAAAUAAUACUAAAAUAAAAUUUGUGUUUACAAAGCCACACAAACUAACACACCUUUGUCACAUGAGAUCAGAUUUGGAACAUUUUGCUGUUUGUGACUGUAGCCUUAACGUCCGUAACUAGGCAAAAUGUUUGUGAGUGCAUCAUAGCACAUAAAUCACUCAGCAGAUAAAUUUGGCCAAGAUUUGUACAAUCUUUCACGUCAUGUAACACUGAUGGGUUGUUUGUGGUGUUUAAACACAUAAAGCACAUUGAAUCUCACAUUUUCAUUUCUUAUUUGGGCCUCUCCGGUAAGGAUCACAUUAAAAUUAUUGUGUGAACAGCCACAGCUGGAUUUUGAUUAGUUCUGGACAUGAAUGUAAAUGUUGGGUUUGCCAAAAAAUAUUUUGGCUCAAAGGUGUUUUUUUUUUUUUUUUUAAUCCAAAUGAUAGAGCAGAAUAAAGCUGAACAUUCUCUCAAUCAGGUAAGAUUAGAUCUUAACAUUAGUGUUUUUGUGGGAAAACUGCUUAAGAUGCGUCUACAAGAUAUCACAAUCCACAAUCAUUACAGUGUGAAAUGGAGCACGGAGUUCAGAGAAAAACAGUAGAUAAUUCAGCCUGUAAUUUUAUUUUCUGAGAAAUAAAACACGUACAUGGUCGUUCCGGUGUUCUGUCAAGUUAUGCUACCCUGUGAAACCAUGCUCCAGUAGAUUAGCGUUAGUAUAUUUGGAUAGCAUAAAUCACUGUAUCGUGGCAAAGUUAUGGCAAAUAGAGGUCAUUACAAACUACUUUUGUAAUUAUUUUUUUAAAUAAAAAAAUUGUUUCAUGAAUUAUCAUUAUUUUCCAUUUAGACGUUUGUGCAGUGACAGCAAAUCCUUGUUUUCCAUGCACAUAAAACCCCUAGAAACCAGAUUUAUUAUUUAAAAAAAAAACGAGAAAUGAUUAAAUAGUGUAGGCCAGCACAUGCGCAGUGCCUUUUGGAAGCAUGUAUCGAUGGGUAGCACAACUCGACAGAACACCGGACAGGAAUAAAAUCACAGAGGACCCCCAUAAAAGAGAAAAUGACCCCAGAACGCCCUGAGAAACUAAUCACAAAUAAGGCUAAUAACAGCCUCAGUUCACUGAAACGUGUUUUUAUUGGAUUAAAUAUUUUUUUUAUACAGCAAAUGAAUCCUAAUAAGGUCAUACUUAAGUGUACAGGUAAACAUAUGUAAAUUGGGACCUGCCUCCCAUCACAGCACACCUGUAGACAGUUAGGAGGAAGCUGUGGUGAUGUUCUGAUGGCUGAGGAGAGGAAACGCUGCUCUGAGGACUCGAGUCUCCUCAGGUUCCUUCCUUUCUCUCAGAGAAACAAUGGCUCGUUAGGGUUUGGAGAGAGUUUGCUGAGUGACGGGAGGAUUUAAUGGGAUUUUAAUAAGGGAAAUAUCAGUUCUAAACUCUUUUAGAGCUGCUGGAUUCAGUGUUUUACAGCAUGGCGAAGCAGUACGACGUGCUGUUCAGACUCCUGCUGCUGGGAGACUCCGGGGUCGGGAAGACCUGCUUACUGUGCAGAUUUACCGACAACGAGUUCCUCCCUCAGCACGUCUCAACCAUCGGAGUGGAUUUUAAGAUGAAAACACUGGAAGUAGAUGGAGUUAAAGUACGAAUACAGAUUUGGGACACAGCUGGACAGGAGAGGUACCAAACUAUCACCAAGCAGUAUUACAGACGUGCUCAGGGAAUCUUUCUAGUAUAUGACAUCACCAGCGCCUCCUCUUUCCAGCAUAUAGUGAAGUGGGUGAGUGACGUGGAUGAGUAUGCCCCUCCCACUGUGCAGAAGAUUCUCAUCGGGAACAAAAGUGAUGAGGAGCACAGAAGACAGGUGGCCACAGAGCAGGGGAGCCAGCUUGCGAAGUCUUAUGGGAUGGAUUUCUUUGAGACAAGUGCCCGUAGUACUUACAACAUCAAACAGUCAUUCACUCGGUUGACUGAGCUGGUGCUGCAGGCCAACAGGAUGGAGCUGGAUACGAUACCUCCGUCCGUAGAAGACAACCUCGCAGUUCUUCAUCCGGAGGAGGAGGAGGAGCAGGAGAUAAAGGAGGAGGAGGAAUACAGCACCUGCUCAUGUUAGGGAAGUGUUGAAGCAUGAUAUCAGUUUUCAGCUGAUACAGACGUCAUAUCUGUUAAGUAGUCAAAUAAGGUGCUCAUGGUAACGGUUUGGACAAGCUCCUUCUGUUUUAAUUGCACAUGAUAUCAGGUUGCAAGAGCUCAGUCCUGUGUUUGAGAAAAUGCACUUCUGGUCCUCUCCCAGGAGAGGGCAGUCACAUGGGUAUCAUGUAUCAUGGGUACAGCUCUGGGAAAACAAUACAGCAAUUAAAAAUUAUGGUUUUCCCUCAUUUUACCAAAUUGAAAUCCUCUGGAAUAUAAUCAAGAGGAAGAUGGAUGAUCACAAACCAUCAAACCACCAAACUGAACUGCUUGAAUUUUUGCACCAGGAGUAAAGCAGCAUAAAGUUAUCAGCCAAAAGCAGUGUGUAAGACUGGUGGAGGAGAACAUGAUGCCAAGAUGCAUGAAUUUAAAACUGUGAUUAAAAACCAAACAGGGUUAUUCCACCAAAUAUUGAUUAUUUCUGAACUCUAAAACUUUAUGAAUAUGAACUUGUUUUAUUUGAAAGCUCUGCAUCUUUUUUUUGUUAUUUCAGCCAUUUCUCAUUUUCUGCAAAUAAAUGCUCUAAAUGAGAAUAUUUUUAUUUGUUGUUUUACUCUAUAAACUACAGACAACAUUUCUCCCAAAUUCCAGUGUUCAUUUUACUCAAACAUAAACCUAUAAAUAGCAAAAUCAGAGAAACUGAUUCAGAAACUGAAGAGGUCACUUAUUCAUAUUUAAAUCAUUUCUCAGGAUAAGAAAAUACUGGAAAGUGGGAUCAAAUGUAUGCUGCACUUUUACUACUUACAGUGAAAAGAAAUCAAUAGGUUGUGCAUCACUUUAAAUGGUGCUAUUUGUCUAGAAAUAUAAAAAAAACUGAAGUUCGUAAUUGAUAAUCGCUUAUAUAUUUAAAGAAUAUCGAGAUUUUGUUUUUUUACAGUAUCUCCCAAUUUU